CAGGUCAGCUUUCUUGGGUGGAUCAUGCUUGGUCAGCUGCCGACGGUAGAGGGCAGUUACCUCAACCAAAAUACCGGCUGCAUCAGUUCUGGGGAAGUUCAAGGACAAUCUUUCAACGGACACUGCUAUUUUGCUGUGAGGGUGUGGGCUGGUUCACAGAUAGCAGUUACCACACAGAGAUGUAGCGUUUUUGGAGGGGCAAUGCUAUUUUGGACAAACAGGGAGGAACUUCUUUUCUUCCUGUAUGAGGCGAAUUCUUUCAGUGACGGGGAUGGGAUUUGGACGGGGCUGCAUUACAGCACAGGUUCCUGGUCUUGGUAUGACUCCGAAACAACUCUGUCAGACAGUGACUUGCAGUAUCUUAUACCAGGAUUUGACAACUUCCAAAACCUAAGCGGUGACACUAUGGACAAACUUCUUCAGCUACAUUACAGUGACAACCGUUUUAUGUCAGUUCUUGGCAAUUCCAUGGAUGUUACCAAUGAAUAUGUCGGGUGUAGAAUGAGACAAGGUGAGUUGGACUGUAUGAGUGACAACCAAUACAAACAUCGAUGAUGUUUGCACUGGCAACAGGGAUGAAAGGGCUCGUGCAAUGUCAUUUUCUUUUUGCGCACUUCUUGUGAAUGUUCCUAGUCCACAGAAAGAGUAUUUUUAAGCCAGUUGACAGAUAUGGCAAAUGACAUCCAGUUUUCCUAUGUAGUUGUGUCUAAACUGACUUAUUUUCUUUACAUUAACAUUGAGGCUUUUUACCAUUUUUAUCAUUUCUUGAAUGCAUAAAGUUAGCCAAACAUACACCCAUGCCUUCUUGUACUUCACCUUGGACUUUGUCUACGUACGAGCUUACGAGAGCUAUGUAAGUAACAAUAAUUGUGCUGUCUCUACUACUUUUUAAAAAGAGUUUGUGAUGCCAAAGAAAUUUGAGUUUGCACUUUGCAAAGCAUGCUGCGUGUAAAUCUGCGGUUUAUGGUGAACCCUCGAUUUUAUGUUUUGUUGUUGUUUUGAUUCUUUAAUUGCUGUUUAUUUAUUUGUUUUUGACAGAACGGUGACUAGUCACAAUGCUAUUUGAUGCAUGCUGUUUAUAGCUAGUAAUCAGCUGAGUUUUGCUGAGCAAAGCAGUACCUCCCAACACACCUCUUCCCUCCUCUGUCCCUGAAGCAGAGCUGGAAUGUUGAGGAGGAGCAGUUCAGAUUCAUUCGUAUGCUCUUGCUUGGAUUCAUUUUGUCUACAGACCACCGGCGUUGUGGGAUCUUCCCUGGCCAAUGCAAGUUUCUCCACUGGGUCAGUUCGCUGUUACGACCAGCAGAAGGGCAAUUCCCUCCGAAUUAGGGCCGGGGAGGAUUCACCAUUAUACUUUGGAGACUUUGGAGGUACUUGUGUGAGCAAUACUUCCAUGUGCACCAAUGGUUUCACUUUAGCUUUCUGGUUUAACCUUCAAGCGAAACCAAACGGCACUGAGUACUACAUGGACACAGGUGCCAAAGAUGGUGAUUAUGGUCUGGCUGUAUACCAUGCCUCUGGCAACGUGAUGUUUGAGGUGAAAGUCGGUCAGCUCAUGUAUGGCAAAGUUCUGGGAAUUCCAGAGGACAUCCCUGAGAAGCAGUGGACGCACAUCAUCAUGACAUUUGACUCAGGAAGUGUUGAUGUUUAUGUCAACAAGAUUUCGCCAUUUACCCUCAGUACAGCAAGUUUUGGCCGUUUUACACCUCAAGACUCCUCAACUAGCUUUUUAGUUGGCUUAGGUGGAGAUGCAGUGUAUGACGAGAUUGCAUUCUGGGAGAGAGUUUUGGAUGCCACUGAGCGAGACUUGAUCUACAGUGAUGAUGACUUUGCUAACUCCAAUGUGACCGUUAACAUCACAGACUACCCUGAUACCUGGAACCAAACUUUUACUGUGGAUGCCCCUGAUAUGACAACGGUGGUUUUAGAGACCGCUAGUGAAGAAUCAACAACUGAAGAGGAGGGCAUGACUACCAUCAGGGCAGUUGUCCAACAGACUACAUUCAGUGUAACCACACCUGAUAUUCCAUCAACUAAAAUCCCUACAACUAAACCAGAUGUUCCCACGACCACAGCCACUGCAACCACAGAUGUUCCCACGACCACAGCCACUGCAACCACAGAUUUUCCCACGACCACAGCCACUGCAACCACAGAUGUUCCCACGACUACAGCCACUGCAACCACAGAUGUUCCCACGACCACAGCCACUGCGACCACAGAUGUCCCCACAGCAGUGGAAACGGAGACAACAGCUGCAAGUCAAACAUUGAGCAGAACUGGCAAAUUAACUACAGAUAUUGCAACCACCUCAGACAUUUCCACAACCAGUAUCAGUGCAACUACAGAUAUCCCAACAAUAACUGACAGCCACACGACCAAAUCUGCAACAGCUACAAAAGACAGUGGAUCGUCUACUACCCAAAUGGAAACAUCAACCCAAAUAGUGUCCAGCACUGGCAAAACAUCAUCCACAACUAAUAAAGCAACAACUCCUAGAGAACCACACAAUUCACGAACAACUCAGAGGUUAUCCACAACUGACAGCAAGAGCACAACCAGAGAUCCACAAGUGAUUCUAACAUCCACACUGCAUGCCGCAACAGCAGCAAUAACCGAUUUCAGUGACCAAGCCACAACAGCUUAUACCGAGUCUCCCAUUGAAGACUCAGUCCAAGCAGGUACUGUUAGUGGCUCAACUCCAGUGGACCACACAGCCGAUGCGGGAGUGACCCAAGUAUCCACUAAUGCCAUUUCAACUCUCUCAGAAACUACUCUUGAGACUACCGUUCCUCAAACACAUGGAUCAACAGAAGUAGUUAUUGUGGAAAACCCAGACUCUGGUACCUCAACUACUAUCCCGAACUCUUGGUCCGCAGCAGAAUCCACACACACUGAGUUAACAACAGUUUCCUCUGCAUUAGAGACAUUCACCCCAAAUUCAGCACCAUCUGAUUUGCCCACACCAGCGGUUUCUUAUUUGGAGACAGGUGCUGGGACAACUCUGGAUUUAACAGCAAAACAGACAAGGAAGGAAAGGACAUUUAAAACAACAGACAGCGGGGUGUCAACGCUGUCUACGGUAGACAGUACUUCCAUUGCACACAUAAUCAGCCCAUCAGUACCACUUACUCCAUCUAAAGAUUCUGCUAGUCAGACUAUUUCAAGUUUACGAAAUUUGGUGAACACUACACUCCAGUCUGAGGGAAACAUCAACAGCCAAACAGCAGCACUGCUUUUCAAUUCGACGGCUGCAUUGGCAGACUACAGCACAGUAGAUGCAGAUGAUGGCAGUGUAUUGGCUGCCUCAGCGAAGGUCUACAUUGAGCUGGCUAGCCUUCUUGUCAAGUCGUUUGAUAAUUACAGCGUGGAGGAGGCCACUGAAGUGGUUGCAGUAAGGUUUUGGGAUUGCGGAAUGAAUUGGCACUGGUCACUCACUAAAACCAGUCCUAAAAAAUUGUGAUCAUGCGACCCCGACUUCUCAGGACUGUCAAAGUGCAUGUAGGAAUAAACCUUAAUCCCCUCUGACCUAAAAGUCUACUUUUCUUACUUUAUACCCUCCAUUUUUAUAUUUCCAUUUAUAAUGAAAUUCACGGAUUAAAAUGUUACAUUCAGGAUUCUUUCCUCAUCAGACAUUGUGAGCCUCAGCCCGACUAAACUGUAACAAUUAGCCUACAACUCCUCACUGAACUAAAUGAAGGCACAGAAUAGUAGUAAAAUGAAAUAAUUUCCUAAUCUCCAUUGUGAAUCCGAUAAGAAUACAGGAAUCAACAGCUUUACACUACAUAUCAGAAAAACCUGUCCUGUAAUAUGCCAGACCCUUCCCGACCCCAUAUCAGAAACACUUCUGAUUUCCAGCUAUGUACCAUUUCCAACUGUUUAUCCCACCAGGCCUCUCUGAAUGUGGUCGACAACUUAGUGAACCCUAAGAAUACAGAGAAAUGGUCAUCUGUAAGUGUACUUGUUGAUGCAUUUCUGCUAACAAAUAACAUAUUUAAAUGGAGUUAUUAUCUCUAUCAGUGCAAAUAAAUAUGUGCUGUACACUUAGCCCUGUCCAAGAACCUGUAAGGAGAGCAAAAUUUCAGACACAAAAAUAAUUUUGGGAUGUAAAAGUACAGUUCAAUAAUUUGUUGUACUCUCUGUUGCAGCCAGUCAAGCAUUAGUUGUGCUUUUGUCUGUAAAAGUUAUGAAAUGUCUACAGUGGCUGCUGGUUAAAUCAUGCCACCGAUUUAUUGGCCAAAGAAAUAUGAACAUUUUGACAAAAAUUCAUUUAAAAAAUUGGGAUAGACAGGGAGUGAGUGCACAUUCUUACUCUCUUUCAGGUUGGGUCAGAUGUAGUA